AUGGCCGUUCAACCCCCGCAGAAAAAGCUUGUCGGCGGAAUAUUGCCACCCUCUCCCCCAGAGACAAUUUACGGCGAGGCAUGGUCCCCAGACCCCGUCGAAUUCCCCCUACCGCCGCCGCGAACAGCCGUUCAGGUUCUUGAGGUGGACAAGAAGACGCCUGACGCACACGUCCCGCGCGAUCCCAGAUUAAUACGACUGACGGGCGUGCAUCCUUUCAACACCGAGGCCCCGCUUUCUGAUUUGUAUGACGAGGGGUUCUUGACGAGCCCGGAGCUUUUUUACGUCAGGAACCACGGGGCGGUGCCCGAGGUCAGAGAUGAGGAAAUUCCGGAUUGGGAGUUUACUGUGGAGGGCUUGGUGGAGAAGCCUCUGAGAAUAACGUUCAAGGAACUCCUCUCCGGCUACGACAACGUCACCUACCCCAUCACGCUUGUCUGCGCUGGCAACAGGCGCAAGGAGCAGAACGUGGUGCGCAAGACGAAGGGCUUUUCCUGGGGAGCAGCAGGCGUGUCGACGGCGCUGUGGACAGGAGUGGUGAUGGGCGAUGUUUUGAAAAGAGCACGGCCGUUGCGGAGGGCAAAAUACGUCUGCAUGGAAGGUGCGGACAAGCUACCCAAUGGCUAUUACGGUACCUCCGUCAAGCUCAACUGGGCCAUGGAUCCCAACCGAGGGAUGAUGCUCGCCCACAAGAUGAACGGAGAGAUGCUCACGCCAGACCACGGAAAACCUCUGCGUUGCGUCAUCCCGGGCCAGAUUGGAGGUAGGAGCGUCAAGUGGCUGAAGAAACUUAUCGUCACUGCAGAGCCGAGCGACAACUGGUAUCAUAUCAACGACAACAGGGUCCUGCCGACCAUGGUAUCUCCCGACGACGCUGCGAACGAUCCGAGCUGGUGGAAGGACGAGCGCUAUGCCAUCUAUGACCUCAGCACAAACUCUGCAAUAGCUUACCCGGCCCAUGAGGAACGACUGUCGGUCGUUAGCGGCCCCGAAAGGUAUCAUGUCAGAGGGUAUGCCUACGGCGGUGGAGGCCGUCGUGUAACCAGGGUCGAAGUAUCACUCGACCAGGGAAAAACUUGGGGGCUUUCAAAAAUCAACUACGGCGAGGACCGUUACCGCGAGGCCAAUCCGCAAGAUCUCUUCGGUGGAACGCUGGACGUGGACUGGCGCGAGAGCUGCUUCUGCUGGUGCUUUUGGGACAUUGACGUUCCGGUAAGCGAGUUGAGGCGAGCCAACGACAUAAUUGUUCGGGCGAUGGACGAGAGCAUGAACCUUCAGCCGAGGGACAUGUAUUGGUCCGUGUUGGGCAUGAUGAACAAUCCAUGGUACCGAAUCGUCAUCAACCACGAGAACGACUGUCUUCGCUUCGAACAUCCGACACAGCCCGCAUUGAUGCCCGGUGGCUGGAUGGAACGUGUGAAGAAGGCCGGCGGCAACCUCUCGAAUGGAUUUUGGGGCGAAAGAAUUGGAGGGCAGGAGCCAGAGGCGCCAUCGAGCGAGCAAGCCGCUGAGAUCAGGAUGACCAACGAUAGGGUCAAGAGGAUGAUUACGAUUGAUGAAUUGCGAAAACAUGGCACAGAGCAGGAGCCUUGGUUUGUGCUCAAGGACGAGGUGUACGACGGAACUGCCUUUCUUCAGGGGCAUCCGGGCGGUGCACAGAGCAUCGUGUCAGCAGCAGCGUUGGACGCUACAGACGAGUUCAUGGCUAUCCACAGCGAGACGGCAAAGGCAAUGAUGCCAGACUACCAUAUCGGGACUUUGGAUGAAGCAGCCAAACGCAUCCUUAGCGAAGGAGAAGUCAAGGCCGAGACGACGGAGCCUCGUGAGGUUUUCCUUGAUUCUCGAACAUGGACCAAGGCGAUCCUCCAUAGCAAGGAGUCGGUCUCGUGGGAUACACGCAUAUUCACGUUCAAGCUGGAGCACGAAGGACAAAGGCUUGGGCUCCCGACCGGCCAGCACUUGAUGUUGCGGUUGCGAGACGCAGUAACGGGCGAACCCAUCAUCCGGUCGUACACGCCCAUCUCAGAGACCAGCCGGCCUGGGUCCGUGGACAUCCUCGUCAAGGUAUACUUCGACACCAAGGAGCGCAAAGGCGGCAAGAUGACGGUGGCGCUGGACUCGCUUCCCCUCGGCCGCUCGGUCGACUUCAAGGGGCCGAUCGGAAAGUUCGAGUACCUCGGGCGCGGGUGGUGCAGGGUCAAGGGCGCGCAGCGGUCUGUCAAGCGCUUCGUCAUGAUUGCCGGCGGCAGCGGCAUCACGCCCAUCUACCAGGUGCUGCGGGCGGUGAUGCAGGACCUGGAGGACCCGACGGUGUGCACGGUGCUGGACGGCAACAGGCUGGUCGAGGACAUACUAUGCAAGGCGGAGCUGGACGGCUUCGCGCUGAGCAACGAGGAAAGAUGCAAGCUGCUGUACACGCUGACGCAGGCGCCGGACGACUGGACGGGGCUCAAGGGCCGGAUUGCGGCGCCGUUGCUAAAGGAGUAUGCGCCGCUGGGAGAGGAUAGUAUGGUGCUGAUUUGCGGGCCGGAGGCGCUAGAGAAGAGCGCACAUGCGGCUCUCAGCGAGAUUGGAUGGAAGGAUGAGGACUUGUUGUUCUUCUAG